AUGCCCCCUACUCCAUUGCCACCUCCGGCACUCACAACCUACACCUCCUUCUCCAUAUCCUGUGAUUCCUCCAACCCCAACUCCAACUCCGUGGCCGCCUCCUGCUCUGAUUCCUCCUCCAGUGACGACAGACCCUCCUCCAACUCCUGUUCCACCUCCAACUUUACCAAAAUUUUCUCCAACUCCGACACCUACUCCAGCUGCCCCUCCCGCAUUGCCAUACCCGAGUCCUGCUACUCCUCUAAGAAUACCAUAUCCUCCUCCAACUCCACCUCCAUUCCUACUCUUGUUCCAACAUUACCGUAUCCUCCUCCAACUCCACCAAAAACUUCUGCUCCUCCAACUUCACCAUGUCUUCCUCCAACUCCCCCUCCAACCCCUGAUCCAACAUUACUAUACCCUGCUCCAACUCCACCUACUACUCCAGUCCCUACUCCAAUGUUACUCUCCAACAUUACCAUAUCCUUCUCCAGCUCCACCUCCAACCCCUGCUCCAACAUUAUUAUAUCCUCCCCAAACUGCACCUCUAACAUUAUACCCUGCUCCAACUCCACCUCCUACUCCAGUCCCUUCUCUAACAUUACUGUAUCCUCCAGCUCCACCUCCAACUCCAGCUCUUACUCCUGCUCCAACAUUACCAUAUCCUACUCUAACACCACCUCCAACUCCACCUCUUACCCCAGUUCCUGCUCCAACAUUAGCAUGUCCUUCCCUAACUCCACCUCUUGCGCCAACAGUGGUGUACCCACCUCCAACAUUUGUUCCAACACUUCGACCUCCUCCUCCAAAGCUAACAUAACCUCCACCAGCUCCUCCAACACUAGCACGUCCACCACCAACUCCACCUCUUCCAUAUCCACCUCCACUUCCAACCCCCGUCCCUAUUGUUACUCCAUUUCCUACUCGACCUCCUAUUCCAUUUACACCUUUCCUUCCAAAUCCACUUGUCGGUGCCCCUCCACGCACUCCCGAUCCACCUCUGCCGUAAUUCGAACCACCUGCAGCGUACCCAGUAGCAUAGGACGAGGUGCCCGACGCUCCGCCAUCGAACCCAAAGCCACUAUACCCAUUCUCAACGCCUCCACCCCCACCAUACCCUCCUCCUGUGACUCGGCCAAUGUUGCCAGAAGCAUGUGCUCCUCCUGCUCCUCCUCUGCUUCCCCCACUACCAACGUUGCCAAUAACAUAAGUUCCUCCACCAGCGUUACCACCACCAUAAACCCCUCGUCCUCCUUCUCCACCAGU